AUCACAAGUCGUCAACCAGCCUCACCGUCGCCGGAGAAGAAGGAAGAUGUCGGGCCGCGGCAAGGGAGGCAAGGGGCUGGGCAAGGGCGGCGCGAAGCGGCACCGGAAGGUGCUGCGCGACAACAUCCAGGGCAUCACCAAGCCGGCCAUCCGCCGCCUGGCGCGCCGCGGCGGCGUCAAGCGCAUCUCCGGCCUCAUCUACGAGGAGACGCGCGGCGUCCUCAAGAUCUUCCUCGAGAACGUCAUCCGCGACGCCGUCACCUACACCGAGCACGCCAGGCGCAAGACCGUCACCGCCAUGGACGUAGUCUACGCGCUCAAGCGCCAGGGCCGCACCCUCUACGGCUUCGGGGGCUGAGCUGCUGCUCCGCCAGAUUAGACCAGUUGCUAGCAGGUUGUUAGGGUUCGUGGCUGUUGUUGUUGGGUGUUAGUCGUUGUUGUCUGCCUGUUGUUUGUUGCUGUAGUCCUCUGUGUCCGUUGGAUGUACUAGGUCGAGCUGAACCUCUGGUUCGGUGGAAUGGAAUGGUAAUAUCACUAGUUAA